AACUUCUUCCUCUCCAUCCCCUUCCCGCUCAAACUCAAACACCAACACCUUCUUCCUCUUCUUCUUCUUCCAGCAGCAGCAACACACACUACUGACAUGGAGUACUACGAGCAGGAGGAGUACGCGACGGUGACGUCGGCGCCGCCGAAGCGGCCGGCGGGGAGGACCAAGUUCAGGGAGACGAGGCACCCGGUGUACCGCGGCGUGCGGCGGCGGGGGCCCGCGGGGCGGUGGGUGUGCGAGGUCAGGGAGCCCAACAAGAAGUCCCGCAUCUGGCUCGGCACCUUCGCCACCGCCGAGGCCGCCGCGCGCGCCCACGACGUCGCCGCGCUCGCCCUCCGCGGCCGCGGCGCGUGCCUCAACUUCGCCGACUCGGCCCGCCUCCUCCGCGUCGACCCGGCCACCCUCGCCACCCCCGACGACAUCCGCCGCGCCGCCAUCGAGCUCGCCGAGUCAUGCCCGCACGACGCCGCCGCCGCCGCCGCCUCCAGCUCCGCCGCCGCCGUCGAGGCCUCCGCCGCCGCCGCGCCCGCCAUGAUGAUGCAGUACCAGGACGACAUGGCGGCGACGCCGUCCAGCUACGACUACGCGUACUACGGCAACAUGGACUUCGACCAGCCGUCCUACUACUACGACGGGAUGGGCGGCGGCGGCGAGUACCAGAGCUGGCAGAUGGACGGCGACGACGAUGGUGGCGCCGGCGGCUACGGCGGCGGCGACGUCACACUCUGGAGCUACUGAUGAUCGCGAGUUGGAGCUAGCAGUUUUGAGCUCAACCAGCUUUGCUCCUCCUAUACAGCUAAAUACUGUAGGAGAAAUUAAUGGAGAUUUUUUCCUUCUUUAUUUUUUUUAUAUUUUUUCCAAGAUAAAAUGGCUGAGCUGGUAGGGAGUUCUAGAAGGAGGAAAUAAAGAUUACGAGAUUUGUAAUACUACUACGAGGGACAGCAUGCAAAAAAGAAGUAUAAUUGCUAUGCUCUCUCUCUCUCUCUCUCUCUUUUGUGUGGAGUGGAAUAAAAUGCCAGCUCUGCUUAUGGUCAGAUUUUCACUUUUUUUUGGAGUGUUAAGACAAAUGAAAGCUCCAGAUAAAUUAGUGAGUGCUACUGCUUAUCUGAAUAAAUGAGAUCAUUCAUCAUC